AUGUCCUCGAACGAGAAGGAUAAAGCCUCGACUGGAAGUGCGGCCGAGAAGGCCCUGGCUCACAACCCUCCGCCCGGUCUGGAAAAGGCAGAAGGAACUCAAGCCAGCGCAGCGAAGGCCCUCGACCAAAACCACCAAGCUCCGAGCACCUCGACAGAUUUCGAGCAGCACAAUGGAGAGUCCACUGUAGGAUAUAUCUUCAUCGAACCUUCCGUGGCAGCAUUACUGACAUUAUCAUGUUCAGCGGUUGACCCAAAUCAAUUAGUGGACAUCCAGCUAACCGAUGUACUAGCUGCCGUACCUGUCUUUGUCUACCGCGAUCUUGGAGGAGUUGAUCGCUGGGUCUGGUUCAUAACUGCUCACCUACUUGCCACUGCCGCCAUCUCCCCUUUCGUUGGUCGUUUCUCAGACGUUUUCGGACGCCGCUGGGUUGCUCUGGCCGGAAGUAGCUUCAUCGUUUUUGGCCAGAUCAUGUGUGGUGUUGCUGAGAACAUGGAUAUCUUCAUCGGCGGAAUGGCUCUCACCGGAAUUGGCACCGGUAUCAACGAGCUCACGGCUCUCGCGGGAACAGCAGAACUCGCCCCUGUUGCGCAUCGUGGCUACUACAUUGCCGGCAUGAUUCUCACCAUCAUUCCUCUUUUGCCCUCUGUCAUGUACUCCCAGAUCAUCUCGGCUUUCUCCACAUGGAGGUAUAUCUCAAUUCUCACCGGCGGCUGGGCAUUGGUUGGGCUUGUAAUGACAGCCCUCUUUUAUCAUCCUCCUGCGCCCACAGAAGGUCUCAAUUGGAAACAAAAGCUUUCGCUUAUUAAGGAUAUGGACGUGGUCGGUGGCUUCCUGUCUAUCAUUGGGCUGGCUCUGCUGGAACUUGGUCUUUUGGGUGGCGGAUAUCAGUAUCCGUGGGCAAGUUCAAGAGUCUUGGUUCCCCUGAUUCUGGGAUUCUUCGUAUUGAUUGUCUUUGGCCUUUGGGAGUUCAAUCGAGCCAAGACACCCAUGAUUCCCAGAGACUUGGGUCCGGCUCCCCGUACACUCAUCAUGACCAUGAUCAUCACCUUCAUAUCCGGUGCCAACUUCUUUUCUGUCCUGAUGUUAUGGCCAAGCGAGGCCUAUAAUGUCUACGGCAACAACCCCUACGGCGUCGGCUUCCGCGGCAUGCCCUUCCCCUUCGGUAUCCUCGCCGGCUGCGUCAUAUCCCUCUACCUCAUUGCCCGCUUCCCGGGUCAUAUCAAAUGGAUCGUCUUCCUCACCUGCUGCAUCAUGACAAUCGGCUGCGGUGCCCUCGCCUCCGUUCGUCUCGACAAUAUCCACGCCAUGUACGCGGUGCUCUUCAUCGCCGGCCUGGGCGUAGGCGGCAUCGUCGUACCCGCCUCAACCAUCGCCACUAUCAUCUCGCCGAGAGACUUCAUCGCUACGAUUACAGCCUUGACCAUCUCCAUCCGCAUUGUUGGCGGCGUGAUAGGAUACACAGUCUACUACAAUGUCUUCGUCCAGAAGCUGGUUCCGCAGCUUACAAAAUUAGUAGUGGAAGCAUGCAUCAAGAGCGGGAUUACCAACAAGGAGAUCAUUGGCGUGGUGAUUGAGCUGACGGGCGCUUCGCUGGUGGACGAGAUCCGCAUAUUGCCUGGCGUCACGGACGAGAGCUGGGCGGUGAUCGUGGCGGCCGGCCAAGAGGCGUACGUGAGGGCGUAUCCGUGGGUGUACUACUGCAGCAUUGCCUUUGGCGGAGUGUCGAUUCUGGCGAGCCUGGGCAUGGAGGAUAUCUCAGGCUUGAUCGAUAGGACGGUUAUGGUUCAUAUGUAA